AUGUCCCUCCACAGCAUUAGGAGGGCCCUCACCCCACCCAACUAUUUUUCCCUGACCGCAUCUUCUCUUUUCCGAAUUCAUCAUGGCUCAAGUAUCUACCACCACCAAGAAUUUUGAAAUAUUUAGUCGUAUUCAGCCAUAUGAAUAUCUACGACGAUUUCUCGAUCAGAAUGUACGACCGGACGGACGAUUACUCGAUCGAUUCCGAAAAACGCUAAUUACAUCGGGCGUCAUUUCAACAGCCAAUGCAAGUGCAAUGGUACGCUUAGGUGGAACCACGGUGGUAUGUGGUAUCAAAGCUGAAGUGACAGAACCUAAAGUGGAUACGCCCGAUCAAGGCUAUUUUGUCCCCAAUGUGGAAUUAUCGCCCCUUUGCUCGCCCAAAUUUCGUCAAGGUCCUCCCUCUGAAAAAGCACAAGCGAUAUCCGAAUUCAUUCAUCAAUUGUUUACAAAAUCACAUAUUAUUCCUUUGAAGGAUUUAUGCAUCGAAUCCGGAAAAGCGGUGUGGGUGCUUCACGCAGAUAUUGUCUGUCUCAACUAUGAUGGCAAUAUUUUGGAUGCCAGUAUCUUAGCACUGGUGACAGCUCUCAAAGAUCUGACGUUGCCAAAGGCGGAAGUGUCUCCUGCCAUGGUCGUCGAAGCGGAUCCUUCCCAACCGACUCGCCCUAUUCAACUUGAACGAUUCCCUGUAUCCUCCACCUUUUGCAUUUUCAACCAACCCAACGUUUUAUUAUGUGAUCCCAACGAUACCGAAGAAAUCCUGGCUAAGGAAACCAUGGUCGUCGUCGUCGAUACAGAUGGCAACAUUUGUCGUGUGCAUAAAAAUGGAGGAACCAGCAUGAGCACCGAUAUGCUCCGCACAUGUUUCGAGCGCGCCCGCGAGCGCAUGGAAGAAGUGAAAAAACUGAUUGACGAAGCUAUCAAAAAAUAAUAAAUCACAACCUUUUACUCAUA